AUGCCGUCCGCGCCGCAAAGCGAGGCCGUGAUCGGAGCAGCAGGGAGGAGGAAGAGCGAGGUCGUUCCGAUCUCGGAGAGCGCAGGCGCUCGUCCGGGACCGGCAGUAAGGACGGCCGGCAUCGUUCCCGAAGCCGCCGAGACGACUCCGACCACGACGGGAAAAGCAGCCACCGCAAGCGCCACGGCACUGCCCGAUCGCGCUCUCGAUCCGCAUCGCCCUCUAGCCGCGGAACCCGGGGGCGACACCGCGAAUCUCGCGUCGGCGGAAGCAGCAGGAGAGGCGAAGAAACCUCCGAUUGCGGCCCUUUCCGGCGUCAUCGCGACCGAAGGUGAAGCAGUGGCUGUUGGGACCAGCCCGCGCGAGGCAGAAGCAGGCACUCGCGCAGCAGACACCUCGACCGGUAGCACACGACAAGGGCCCGAUGCGCCCCAUCCCUAUUCCGACGCUCGAGGUCGGAUCAUCGACGGCGACAACGACGGCGGCGACGACGACGACGACGACGACAAGGCGAACCAGUCGCUCGACAGCUGCGGUACCACCGGCAGCAGCAGCAGCGAGGACAGGGGUCCGCCGACCCCCUCGGCCAUCGGCGAGAACCCAUACCGGCCUGGAUCGAGGUCGUCGAUGUACCCCGAGCUGUUCCAGGAGAUGGUGUGCACCGUGCUCGAGUCCGAGUCCUACCUCUUCUCCAACGCCGAGGUCGACCUGCUCUCGGCGUUCUUCAUGCUGUCGUACGCCGCCCGCUACCUCUUUGUCCGCCUGCUGCAGCGCAAGCGCGACGCCUGGUACCGCCUCGACAGGCUCACGGCCUACGAGCAAGAGAUCGGCGACUUGCGGCCGGCAAAGGACGAGCUGGCCCGCUCCCUCCGGCCACCGGCCAAGACCGGCCCGAAGAUUGAGCACGCCAGGCGAGAGGAGGAGUCGAGGCGCCUCCAGGCGAUACAGAGAGGGGCAACAGGCGGCCUCGGCGCGGGCGGCCGCGACGGCGAUGUCGGCGACAUCGGCGACGAGGACAAGGAGAACCUCGUGCAAGCGCUGACGCUGCCGGAGCUCCAGCGCAACCUGCACCUCGAUGAGUCGACCGGCCUCUCGCAGCCGGGCGCCAAGCGGACCUCCUUGGCAGCGGCGGACAGCAACGCGCGCCGGACCGCGAGCGCCGCUGCCGGCCAUACCGCUCAGGACAGAAAGGCGGAGGGCGGCGACGACGGCCACGCGCUGUCCCGCUUCGUCCUGACCGAGGCCGACAUGCACGGCGGCGCCGAGGAGUCGAUGUCGCUGCUGACCCUCGACGAGCUCAAGGUGCUCGCCAAGAAGCUCAACAUCGCCAAGACCGGGACGACGCGCGCGCAGCACAUUGCCGCGCUCCUGGCGACCAAGAGCCAGUCGACGCUCUUCAGCGCGCCGUCGCCGUCCAAGAAGGGGACCGCCGUCGCCGCCAACUCGGCAGGCGGCGGCCGGCAGCUGACGCUCAACUUCGGCUCCUCUGGCAAGAAGGCGGCGCAGGCCAACCGGCUGCGAGAGGAGCUCGCCGAGGUGCUGCGGGGCGGGUGCAUCCAGGUGGUGCCCGAGGUGCGCUCGCUGGUGGACCGCGUUGCGCUCGUCUACUACCGCGGCAACCUGCUCGGCAGCGCGGCGCUGACGGCGGCCAUCCUGUCGCGCUCGCGCCGCCGCAACUACCCCAUCUACGGCUUCCGGCGGUCCGGCUUCCUCUUUCCCUCGCGCGACCACCUGAUCGCAUUCGAGCGGGCGCUCGAGAUCGAGGCGAGGAUGGAGCACCUGAUCCAGUUUGGCAAGUCGGAGCGCGACCACCGCGAGGCGCUCGAGCUCUUCGAGAGCGUCUACCCGGAGUGGCAGGCGUGCGUCGACGAGUGCGUGCGCGCCCACCCAGACGGCGUCGACAAGCUCGUCUAUCACCGGAUGCGCUUCCACCCGGGCUGGGUCCUGUCGCGCGUCGUCUACAAGGGCGCCGCGUGCCUGGCGAGGUUCAAGCUGCACGACCGCGAGCGCGACGUCCUCACCCGGCUGCUCGACCAGCGCGUCUUUCGCCGCGGCCGCCGCGGCGACUGGUACGACCGCCUGGCGCUCAUCACGGCCCUCUACUCGGACGACGCCCGGCGCGGCAAGAAGGAGGCGCUGCGCAUCUCGAUCCGCGGCAUCCAGGACCCCGACACCCACCUCAUCUACCACGACACGCUGCAGCGCCGCAUCGGCCGCCUCGAGAGCCAGCUGCGCGUGCCCCGCUCCGAGCAGCACGACUUUUCGUACGCCAAGCUCAAGCGCACCACCGAGGUCGUCUUUGAGGGCGUGAGGCUCGACGUGAUGCUCGACCAGGACGACCCCGGCCGGGAUGGCGGCGGCGACAGCCCCGGCGCCAGGAUGAGCAGCUUCCUCGGUCGCCAGCCCGCGCGGUCCAGCUCGCCGUCGCCGUCGAGCGCCAAGACGAUGCGACGGUCGGCGAGCGAGAGGAGCCUCGGAGGCAGCCCGCUCAAGCGGCAGCAGAGCGACGAAAAGUCGCCGUCGCCCUCGGGCUUCCAGGUGCGCAAGCCGCUCUUCAAGCGCGUCAAGGUCGAGACGUUUGCUCCGACGGCCAAGCAGGAGCCGGCUCCGGAGGUGCUGCCGCCGAUCAAGGACGAAGCCGGUCAAGGCGGCCGUGCUGCGCCAGGAGAAGGGGAUGUGGGCGCCGGCUACAGCGCCCCGUCGUCGUCGCCGUCGUCGCCGUCGGCCAAUGACCACGUUGCCGGGGCCUCGGCCGCCGCGACGACCCCGACCCGACCGACGGCGGCCGUCAAGCGGGAAGAGUCGAGCGACUCGCUGACCGACGACCUGGCGCUGGAUGGCAUCGACGCGCCGGCGCUGCUGCAAGAGGACCCGACGCUCUUCAGCCUGGGCCUCAACAGCGCCGCCGAGCUGACGCCCGUCGAGACGCGCAAGGAGACGCGGUCGAGCAUGCGCAGCGUGUGGCGCGGGCUCGACGGCCGGCCGUGCCACGUCGAGCAGCUGUGCCUGCAGCACUACGCGCAGCAGGGGUUCCGCGGCUCGCACUGCGAGGGCAAGGUGCUGACCAUGAUCUUUGCCCUCGUCAUGUGGGACGUCCUGUUCCGCUCCGACGUCGAGGGCGCCUUUGAGACGCCGUUCCAGGCGGCGCCGCUCGACCUGGGCUCGGACGCGUUUGCCGUCGUGCGGUCGCGCGAGAUCCGCGAGCGGCUCGACGAAAUCGAGCGCACGGGCGGGCUGCACCUCAUCGCGCGCGCCGACGACGAGCAGCGGCCACGGCGGACGUGGGCCGUCGGGUGCCGGUGGGACCUGUUUGGCAGGGAGGAGCUGCUCGAGGUGGCCCAGUGUCUCGGCGGGCGCGCCAUCGCCGUCGUGUGCCAGAUGUUUUGCGAGGAGUGGGAGCACUGCACCGGCGGCAUGCCCGACCUCGUCAUCUGGCGCAUGCGCGACCGCUGCGUCCGCUUUGUCGAGGUCAAGGGACCCGGAGACCGCCUCAGCGAGACGCAAAAGGUGUGGAUCGACGUCCUCCUCCGCGCCGGCGUCGAUGUCCAGGUCGGCCUCGUCGUCGAGGCCGCCGGUGAUGGCGGUGGCGCUGCCGCGGCACGGGGCGGACAGUAG